AGAAGCCUCUACUUGAGAUACACUGUGAAAUGGGUAGAUUGGGAAGACACUAUUGUGCCUGUUAAGAUUUAUAUACUAGAUGUUACUGAUACCAGGAAGAGGGCAAGUGAUGCAGCAAGACUUGGUGCCAGGUAGAGUAUCAAGUUGAGUCCUGUGGUGCCACUGGUUUGGGAAAUAGUGGGUGUAUAGAUACCAAGAAAACAAGCAUUGUCAUGCCCAAUGGGGGUGCUGUUAUCUAUGGUGUUGCCCACCAACAUUCAGGGGGAGUCGGUUCAACUCUAUAUGGAGAGGAUGGCCGAGUUAUAUGUUCUUCUUUACCAGUUUAUGGAGAAGGGAAAGAACCAGGUAAUGAGGCUGGUUACAUUGUGGGAAUGUCUUCAUGCUAUCCUCAACCAGGCACAGUUAGGGUAUUUGAAAGGGAGACUUUGAUUUUGGAAUCCAAGUACAACAGCACCCAAAAGCAUACAGGGGUGAUGGGCAUCUUCUACAUUUUGGUUGCAGACUCACCACCAAAGCCGUUGCUUUCAUUACAAACUUCAGUUCAUCAGGAACUGAUAAUGCUGGGCAAAUAUUCAUGGGCAUUAGUUUUCAUUGGAGUGGCUGUAGCUUUUAUUCUCGGAGUUCUUCUUCUCCGAAGGAAUGAAAGAGCAUGCAGUUACCAAUCCAUAUGAUGUAUGAUUAAUCAAGAAGUGUUAUAGUCGUUUAGAUUCGCCCAAAUAACUCUGUAUCUCACAGAUGAGACCAUUUUGCUAUACAGUAAUAGCUCUGAAAUAAAUCUUGUAUGCUUAUGUUA